AUGGAGGAACCCGUUGUAUCCAUAUAUGACAUGUUGAUGAAGCGCCAUCGACAGCAGCGCAAAGAAGAAUGCCAACAGCAAAGGGAUCUCUUGCAGAACAGGCGCCCCACUCAGGAUGUGCAGACGAAGCCAAGCGUGGACAGCAGCAUUGAGCCGAAGAAGCCACGAGCACGCAUCAGUCGCACCAGGUUCUCGGUGGACCCCAUGCAGCCCGGGGUUAAGAUGCCCGCUAGUGUGGUGACCUCCACGCAUUUAACCAAGAAGAAAUCGAACAUUCCGCCGCCGUCGCACGCCAAAAAGGAGACGCUCAAUCAGCUGGUGGAGAAGAUGAGCGGCUUCAGCCGGAAGCGGCUCAAGAAUGCUUCAGCGGAACCGGUGCUGGAGAAGUCGGCCGCGGAGCACACCACUCGCAGUCGGGAUGGUUCGGGCAAGAAGAGAACGGGCAUGCGGAACAAGCCGAAGGUUAACAAGACGCCGCCUGGCAGCGAGUCGAUCAAUCUGCGUCCGCGAUUGGCCUUGUCGCCGCGCAACACAAAUCGCUUGGCCAACAAGCCGGCCGUUAAGCGCGAGAAGGCCAAAAGCAAUCCCAACGAGCCGAAGGUCCAGCGUCGCGCCAAGAACUCGGAGGCUGUGCGGCCCAAGGCACGCUUGCGGAUGCACAUGUCCAAGCUGUCCAUCAAGUCGGCCAACAAGGAGCGCAAGAUCCCGCCGCCAGCUGACAAUGCAGUGCAUUAUCGCCUCUGA